GAAUGCUACCCUCCUCUGUUACUGUAAUGCAGAGAGGUUAGCAUGUCUUGUUGGUAUAUUUGUGCAUGUAACUUUCUCACUCAUCAAUAUUCACAAUUCAUUCAGGAUUAUCCAUAAUCAUAAAAUAAUCCAUAUUCAUGUAGAAGUGUUUAAAAACGUAUUCUAUUCUUAUUUACAAUAAAAGUGACACAAUACACUUUUUACCAUUUAAUUUCUAUUGGGCACAAAAUAGUCUGGAACACAACCAAAACAAACAGCAAAUACAUCCAAAAAAUGUGUUGAGUCUCAAGUUUGAUGUAGUCAUUGCGUGCUAUGAAUAUGGGACCAAAUACUCAACUGCUGUCCACAUACUUUUGCCCAUGUAGUGUAAUUUAUUGUAGUAGUAGUGGGAGGACCACAAACCAUAUCAUCCCGUGUUUCCAAGUUUACUUGGAUAUGAUGGUUAUUAUAUCAAUAUUUGCGCAUAAAAACGUUUCCACCGCCAUUUAUCGCAUAACUAAGAUCCCACCAUGUCGAACGAACAAAUAAUCUGUUGGCAUUUAUACAAUUGUACCUAAACUUCCUGUUUCCAUCACAGCUGUCGUGAGUUGUUUUUUAUAUGGUAUGACUUUACUCGCACUGUGGACGGAAAUGUGGUUACAGGUGGGAAAAUAUGCAUAUUUCUACAUGCGGAUUUGUGUAUUUACAUGAAAAUCUGUCGCCAACUAAAAACCUAGCUAGUGAUUAAACUGUGGAAUUGCUCAUACUUUUCCCACCACGUUUAGAGCAGGUGCGGGAAUUUCCCAUGCACCAGAGACAAGUAGUAAAGAGUUUACCAAAGCACAGUUGGCAUCAUUUUCACGCUUCAACUCCACUAAGAGUUAAACGAUCACUCUAAAGGUAGGGUAUUUAGAAAAACGUACUAAACUUUUCAAAAUACAUUUAAAAAAUAUGGAAAAUAGACAUACAAUUCAUUUCAGGUAUUUAAUGGUAGGCUAAUCUCAUUUUUGUUUUCAUUUUGUCUCAGAAUCAUGCAGUUGAAAUUGGCCGAUGCUCUGCCGAGCUCUUAUUCGGAGAGUAUGGAGUUUGAUGCGGAAUCCUGCCUGGUGCAAAGGGUGGACCAGAGAUGGAGCUGCACAUGGGCCUGACCUUUGACCUGGAGCAGGGUCAGGUAGGCAUGAGACAGGUGGCUCACCUGGUGAUGGUGCUGCACAGGAUAAACAGCUUUCAGAAGUCCGACUCCACACACACUCCCCUGGGCAUGGUGUGCACCCACGAGCACAUCAUCAUGGACAACCUGUUGGAAGAGUGUGUGAUGGAGCGAGUCCAGGAGCCAGAGGGAGCGGUGGAUAAAAAGGCUGAGGGGACCUUCAAGCGGCUGGACAGCCCCCAGCAGUGCACCCUGUGUGACCGUUACCAGAAGAGCCUGGUGCACAACCCUGAAACCAUGUUGCUACGUGCUGUUACACUGCGGGGCGGCAACGACCACCAGAGAGUGAGGUUCAACCUCUCCAUGUAUAAUAUUAAUAUGAAGAACUCCCACAUUAUCCAGGCCCAGCCGGUUGCCUUGGGGAUUGCCAGUAGCGCCUUCAACUUGUCCUGCUUCAAGCAGACAGAACACACAUCUCCCAUCCUACAGUUGGAGCGGAAUUCUGACGACCAGUUGAGGACCAUCAGCGCUCAGGGAGACACAGUUCGCUUCCUCUUCUACAUGACAACCAAAGGCAUCUCCCUGACCACCUUCGAGUCGGCCAAGUACCCUGGCUGGUUCAUCAGCACCUCACUGGAGCAACGCCAGCCCGUAGCGAUGUGUCAGAAAGAGGACCUCAGAAAGCUCACCACCUUCUAUGUCAACAAUUUAACACACCCAGUCCCAGGAGUGUAUAUACCAAGUACAGUCAGAGAGAUCAGACAGAUGGAUACUGUAGAGGUGUUGAAUUGAUAGACCCUUCUACCACCACACUCUUCGGCUGUCCCCAUAGGAGAACCCUUUUUGGUUCCAGGUAGAACCCUCUGUGGAAAGGGUUCUACAUGGAACCCAAAGGUAUUCUACCAGGAAUCAAAAUUGUUCUACUUUGAACCAAAAAGGGUUCUUCAAAGGGUUCUCCUAUGGGGAUAGCUGAAUAACCCUUUUAGGUUCUAGAUAGUGCCUUUUUUUCUGAGUGCACAUCUGUCUUUUGAAAGUGGUUUGGUUGUAGUGAGUGUGUGUGACCAGCAGGUGGUGCUGUGUGUUCAUUCUCUCUGCAGUGUUGAGUUGUGGCUCAGUAGCCCCAGCCCUCUUUCAGGGACGGCCCAAUUACUACUGAUCACGCUUUCGGCUAGAGACAGGAUCAAGAACUCUAACUUCGCAAGGUUUUAGUCACAUACCGUAAAUGCUCAGUAUUUAAAAAUUUAAAAAAGUAACUUCAUAUUGAAUUCUUUAUCUUAUGGCUGCAGUACCACCGGCUAAGUACAGUAGGCCAAUAUUACAGUAGAGUAGAAUCAUUAAUAGUCCUCCAAGCAGGACACUUCUCAUUUGUUUUUAUUUGCUCAACUUUCUGUACUAUUGGAUAAUAUCUAGUUAUGUGAAAAUGUUUUUUUAAUGUAUCUGUUUGUGCUCUGACUGAAUGAUCUGCUUCAUAUCAGCGAAGAGGAGAUUUAUAAGCUAUUUUGUUUUAUUUCCUAUAAGAAAGUUAAUUGUUUUUCCUUGUCUAACAUUGCACAUGUAAUUUUUAUUUCUAGUAUUAUCCACUGAAAUUGUGACAUCAAUGUUAUUUGGUUUAUUUUCUAUAAGAAAGUCAGUUAUCCCUUUUCUAAUAUUAUUAUGGAUUUAAAAAGCUAAGCUAAUAUAUUACAUAACAGCUAGCGUCAACUAAUAUGUAAUACACAAUGUUAUUUGUCUUUUUAAAGCAAUUAUUGUAAUAUUUAAAUGAUUCAAGACACUUUUACUAAAAAAAAAAACAUUUUCAAUGAGUAUAUGAUGUAUUUUGUCAUAUGGUGGAAGUAAAGUUAAUAAAUUGUAUUAAAUUCAA